CAGAGCGUUGGGAAAUUCAGGCUGCAUAACAUUCAAGUGCUGAGUUCUUUCUUCACCAAAGAGCUAAAUGACUGCAGAUUUGGCGGAAGGGGGAAAGUGUAAAGUGGGGGGAAAGCUUAAUGCUGUGUGAAAAGAUUUCAAUAUUUUUUAUGGGCACAGUUCGGUGUCCUGCAUCAAUCUUAGCUGCGUUGACUGGCACUUAUCUGGACUGAGUAUAGCACUCAAGUAGCUGUGAUGCGAUGCUUUGCUAAUUACAGCCUCUCUGGAUUAAACCAACAUCUCUCUGCUGCCCCGCAAGUGUUAUACUAGUGCAAAGCAGCUGGUUUGCUGACUUGAGGUUAGUAUUUUGAUACAGCAGCACUAACAAACAAAAAUGCAAGUCUCAAUUGCUUGCACCGAUCAUAAUUUGAAGGCACGGAGUAAUGAGGACAGGCACAAGCAAAACCCCAGCAGCCCAAAAUUAGGGAAUGGGGCCCGUGCAAAAUUUCGGACGGUUGCUAUCAUUGCCCGGAGUCUGGGACACUUCAUACCUCAGCACCACAUCUCUCUGAAGGAGUCAACAGCAAAACAGACAGGGAUGAAAUAUAGGAACCUGGGAAAAUCAGGACUUCGAGUAUCUUGCUUAGGACUUGGAACCUGGGUGACAUUUGGAGGUCAGAUUUCCGAUGAGGUGGCCGAGCAGCUAAUGACAAUUGCCUAUGAACAUGGAAUAAAUCUGUUUGAUACGGCAGAAGUGUACGCAGCUGGCAAGGCAGAGGUCUUACUUGGAAACAUCAUCAAAAAAAAGGGCUGGAGACGAUCAAGCCUGGUGAUAACAACUAAGUUGUACUGGGGAGGAAAGGCUGAGACUGAAAGAGGCCUUUCUCGAAAACAUAUUAUUGAAGGUUUAAAGGCCUCUCUGCAGAGAAUGCAGCUUGAGUACGUCGAUGUUGUGUUUGCAAAUCGACCAGACACCAAUACUCCAAUGGAAGAGAUCGUCCGGGCAAUGACAUAUGUGAUAAACCAAGGAAUGGCUAUGUACUGGGGAACAUCCCGUUGGAGCGCCAUGGAGAUUAUGGAGGCCUACUCAGUAGCAAGACAGUUUAAUUUGAUCCCCCCAGUUUGUGAGCAGGCGGAAUAUCAUAUCUUUCAGAGAGAGAAGAUUGAGGUCCAACUCCCUGAGCUUUAUCACAAAAUUGGAGUUGGGGCAAUGACCUGGUCUCCCCUUGCCUGUGGAAUCAUCAGUGGAAAGUAUGAUAUUGGAGUACCUGACAGUUCAAGGGCCUCAUUAAAGUGUUACCAGUGGUUGAAGGACAAAAUUAUCAGCGAAGAAGGGAGGAGACAGCAGGCAAAACUGAAGGAUCUCACUCCAAUUGUGGAGCGACUGAGCUGCACGCUACCGCAGUUAGCAAUAGCUUGGUGUCUGCGCAAUGAAGGUGUAAGUUCAGUUCUCCUGGGAGCCUCCAAUGCAGAACAGCUUACAGAAAACCUAGGCGCCAUACAGGUUCUCUCAAAGUUGACAACACAGACUGUGAAUGAGAUCGACAACAUACUUGGCAACAAACCAUUAAGCAAGAAGGACUACAGAUCCUAAUUUAAAGAUGCAUGAUAAUGACCGGGACUGCAUGAUGAAAGAAGCACUCUUUACUUGCUGGACCACCGUCUGGCUCUGAAUCUAAAGCUGUUUCCUGCUGACUUCCCACAGGUGCAUGCCCAUGCAAUGAGAGAUGUACCCUUAUACAGAAGCACAUUUACAAUCUCCCAGGUUAAAGUGGUUCCUGGAGUUUUCUACUCACCCAAACUGAGCUGUACAUUUAUCUCUUUGCUUAAAAUGUAAAAACAACAAGUAAGUUAAUAGCUUGUGUACCUUUGGAAUCUUAAUUCCAGUAUCAAGUUUAAGCAAUUUUUCCCUCUCAAUAGAACCUUAUCCACUGAAUGUUAGAUCACAGGCAUGUAUGUGUAAUGGCUUGCUUUAUGCUGGAACUUGCUGAUUUUUUUAGGACAUGAGUCUAAAUGUGUUUACAUCAGUAAACUGAAACCCAAAGAUGCAUUUGGGAUAUUUUAUUUUAGGUUGUAAAAUAUCCUGACGAAAAAUACUCAUUUUAACCUGAUCCGGGCUAAAUAAGUAUAUUUAUAUAAGUCACUUAUGACAGUCAGUGUGCAAUGGUAAAAGCUUAAACUGCAAUGUAAAUGUAUUACCAACAUGUGUUAAACCACAUGGCUUUCAUUGACACACACAAAUGCUUGCUGCCUUUUUCAGAAAGCAACAGUUGCUGUAUGAGUGGUUUAUAAACAUAAACUCCUUCUGCUCCCGAAAUGUUCAAUUGUAAUGGUUUCAUUGGUUUGGAGAUGGGAGAGAGUAUAGGAAUAAAGGGAAUGUACUCU